CCCACAACCCUCCGGCGGCGGCGCCGGCGCGCGGCGGAGAUGAGCACCUGGAACUACGUCGUCACGGCGCACAAGCCCACCAGCGUCAGCCACUCCUGCGUCGGCCACUUCACCGGCCCCCACCAGCUCAACCUCAUCGUCGCGAAAUGCACCCGCAUCGAGAUCCAUCUGCUCACGCCGCAGGGCCUUCAGCCUAUGCUAGAUGUACCGAUAUAUGGAAGGAUCGCGACCAUCGAGCUCUUCCGACCUGGCAAUGAGGCCCAGGACUUCCUUUUCAUCGCCACAGAGAGAUACAAGUUCUGUAUUCUGCAGUGGGAUGCAGAAAAGUCGGAGCUUCUAACCAGAUCCAUGGGCGAUGUUUCUGACCGCAUUGGCCGCCCUACGGACAACGGACAGAUUGGGAUCGUCGACCCUGACUGUAGGAUUAUUGGCCUUCACCUGUACGAUGGAUUAUUUAAGGUUAUACCAUUUGACAACAAAGGACAACUGAAGGAAGCUUUCAAUAUCAGACUAGAAGAGCUUCAAGUAUUGGACAUCAAGUUCCUGUAUGGCUGUCUCAGACCUACGAUAGUUGUCCUCUACCAGGAUAACAAAGAUGCAAGGCAUGCUAAGACAUAUGAAGUUGCACUUAAGGACAAAGACUUUGUUGAGGGUCCUUGGUCACAGAAUAAUUUAGACAAUGGAGCUGGUCUUUUAAUACCUGUACCGGCUCCACUUGGUGGUGUUAUAAUUAUUGGCGAGGAGACGAUAGUUUACUGCAAUGCCAAUUCUACAUUCAAAGCUAUACCCAUCAAACAAUCCAUCAUAAGAGCUUAUGGACGGGUUGACCCAGAUGGUUCCCGCUAUUUACUUGGUGAUAAUACAGGCACUUUGCAUUUACUUGUGCUUACCCAAGAACGAGAAAGGGUAACUGGUUUGAAAAUUGAGCACUUGGGAGAGACGUCGGUUGCAUCGUCAAUAUCAUAUCUUGAUAAUGGCGUUGUCUAUGUUGGUUCUCGAUUUGGUGAUUCACAGCUCGUAAAGUUGAAUCUCCAACCUGAUGCAAGUGGUUCGUUUGUUGAAGUCCUUGAACGAUAUGUGAAUCUUGGACCCAUUGUGGACUUCUGCGUGGUUGACCUUGAUAGGCAGGGCCAAGGUCAGGUUGUCACUUGUUCAGGAGCAUUUAAAGAUGGUUCAAUUCGGGUGGUUCGUAAUGGUAUAGGGAUUAAUGAGCAGGCUUCAGUAGAGCUGCAAGGCAUCAAGGGAUUAUGGUCAUUGAAAUCUUCCUUCAAUGAUCCGUAUGACAUGUACCUGGUGGUGAGCUUUAUAAGCGAGACACGAUUCUUGGCUAUGAACAUGGAAGAUGAAUUAGAAGAAACGGAGAUAGAAGGUUUUGAUGCACAAAUCCAGACUUUGUUUUGCCAGAAUGCCAUCAAUGAUCUGCUUAUACAGGUUACUGCUAAUUCUGUUCGGUUAGUCAGUUGCACUUCACGGGAGCUAGUGGAUCAAUGGAAUGCACCAGAAGGAUUUUCAGUCAAUGUUGCAUCAGCUAAUGCCAGUCAGGUCCUGUUGGCAACCGGUGGUGGCCAUCUUGUUUACCUAGAGAUUAGGGAUGCUAAGCUGGUUGAAGUGAAACAUGCACAGCUAGAACAUGAAAUUUCUUGUGUUGAUUUGAACCCAGUCGGCGAGAACCCACAGUAUAGUUCUCUGGCUGCUAUUGGGUUGUGGACUGAUAUAAGUGUUAGCAUAUAUUCACUUCCAGACCUUGAAUUAAUCAGGAAGGAAAGUUUAGGCGGAGAAAUAGUUCCUCGGUCUGUUUUGCUAUGCACCUUGGAAGGGGUUUCAUAUUUGCUCUGUGCUCUUGGAGAUGGUCACCUGUUUAGUUUUCUGUUAAAUGCAAGUACAGGUGAACUAACUGAUAGAAAGAAGGUCUCUCUUGGUACCCAACCAAUCAGCCUUCGUACAUUCUCAUCAAAGGGAACAACCCAUGUGUUUGCUUCAUCUGAUAGACCGACUGUUAUCUAUAGCAGCAAUAAGAAGCUGCUGUAUAGCAAUGUCAAUUUGAAAGAAGUCAAUCAUAUGUCUCCUUUCAAUACAGCUGCUUUUCCUGACAGCCUUGCAAUCGCUAAAGAAGGUGAACUUUCGAUUGGAACUAUCGACGAUAUCCAGAAGCUUCAUAUCCGGACGAUUCCCUUGAAUGAACAAGCACGGCGUAUCUGCCACCAGGAACAGUCCAGGACACUAGCGUUCUGCAGUUUCAAGUACAACCAUGACAGUAUGGAGCAAAGCGAGGCACAUUUUAUUCGUCUGUUGGAUCAUCAAACUUUUGAGUUCCUGUCUACACAUCCUCUUGAUCCGUAUGAGUGUGGUUGCUCCAUGAUUAGCUGCUCAUUCUCAGACGAUAAUAACUUCUAUUACUGUGUGGGAACAGCGUAUGUUUUACCUGAGGAGAGCGAACCAACAAAGGGCCGGAUCCUCGUUUUCGCAGUUGAAGAUGGAAGAUUGCAAUUAAUCGUAGAGAAAGAAACAAAAGGAGCUGUCUACUCUCUAAAUGCAUUCAAUGGGAAAUUGUUGGCGGCUAUCAACCAGAAGAUCCAAUUAUAUAAGUGGAUGACACGGGAUGAUGGUUCGCAUGAGCUGCAGUCCGAGUGUGGCCAUCAUGGACACAUACUGGCCUUGUAUACCCAAACCCGUGGCGAUUUUAUUGUGGUCGGUGACCUGAUGAAAUCAAUAUCCUUGCUUGUGUACAAGCAUGAGGAGAGUGCAAUCGAAGAGCUUGCUAGGGAUUACAACGCAAACUGGAUGACUGCGGUGGAGAUGAUCGAUGAUGAUAUCUAUGUUGGUGCGGAGAAUAGCUAUAACCUUUUCACUGUCCGCAAGAACAGUGAUGCAGCCACGGAUGAAGAGAGGGGCAGGCUUGAGGUUGUCGGGGAGUACCACCUUGGGGAGUUCGUGAACAGGUUCCGUCACGGCUCCCUUGUGAUGCGCCUUCCAGACUCAGAGAUGGGCCAGAUCCCAACUGUCAUCUUCGGAACAAUAAACGGGGUCAUUGGCAUCAUCGCAUCCCUGCCCCAUGACCACUACGUGUUCCUUGAGAAGCUCCAGGCCACCCUGGUGAAGUUCAUAAAGGGCGUUGGCAGCCUCAGCCACGAGCAGUGGCGGUCGUUCCACAAUGACAAGAAGACCUCAGAGGCCCGCAACUUUGUGGACGGCGAUCUGAUUGAGUCUUUUCUCGACCUCAAUAGGGGCAAGAUGGAGGAGGUAGCCAAGGUGAUGGCGGUCCCCGUGGAGGAGCUGUCGAAGAGGGUGGAGGAGCUGACGAGACUGCACUAGAUAACGUCAUGCCAUGUACAUCUUUGUUUUUACUGUUGUACUUUUUGGCAGCUCAAGAAUAAUCCUGUGGAGUUCUUAGUAACAUUGUUUUCCUGCUUUAA